AUACCAACUGUAGAUAACAAGGUUUCAAUUGAAUUGUGUUAUAGCUACAAGUGUUUCUCAGUUAUGAAACUUGAAAAUUGUAUCGUUGCUGUUUGACAACGUCAAUUGUUGAAAAGUUCGGACAAUAUUAUUCAGUUAUAAAAGUGCUACGGUAUUAUACGAUAGUUGACCAUUAAAGCUUUCAAAUCACAGUAGUGCAAUUAACAGCAGGAAACAAAGGAAAAGAUAACAGACAAUUCGCGUUUUUUUGUUUCUUUUUUUCUUUACCGUCGUCAUUAUAAUUAUCGUUUUGGGAGAUACCAUUAUACGUAUACGUGCACGUUUUUAAAAAGUGUACCUGUGUCUAAAGUGUACGGCCUAGAAAUGCAAAUAAUUAACGUGCAAUUAUAGUGUAUCAAGAUAUACGGAAUACAGUCAUUCUAACGGCAAGGAUUACAAAGGACAACGUCGUACAUCGCGAAGCAAGUGGACAGUGUGGCACAAGUAGGAACUCGAGUUUGUCGACGUUCGAAAAGUAUUUUAAAAAAAGUAAUAAUGGACAUUGCAUGAUGUAUGUUCAUAUACUGGAGAUAUAACGAGUGAUAAUUCCUACGUGAUCUGGAUCAUGUAACAUAUAUAUUAUACACUUAUCGGGACAUAUCUUACGUAUUUCUACAGAUUACGUACACAGCGGUUGGAUUCUUGGGGUUUUCUCCAAUCCGAAAUCAUCGUAAAGAAUUCUCAACCGUCGAACGCGAAGUCUAGCUCAAAAGGACGGCUCAGAAUGCUGGGCGUCCCGGCGAGCGUCCACAGGCCCAAAGUCAACGCCAGAAUCGCCUGGAGGGAAGCCAGCUGAGAAUGUCGGAGCAGAAUGGGCCCCCGGAGGGCCCAGGCUGGUGGCCUCCGGCCCAAUCCUGGAAGUCGUCGUCAGCCCCUGCACGACCAGAAGCAGGAAAAAACGUAUCUGUGACCACCAUCAACGUUCCACCAGCCCACGAAAUGCAUGACGGUAAAAAUGUUAAGUAUUUGGGUGGUCGGAAUGGCGUGACGGUGUCCGUUGUGUCCGGAUGCGGGACCGGAAACGAACCUGAAGAUGACGGAGCGGACAGCGAUGGAGAAGUGAGCAAGAUCGACUUCCGGGGAGUAAACCUUCGUACUAAGAAGAAGAGGGACGCGCCAGAGGGUCAAGAAAGCGACGCCAGCACCGUGACCGAGGCGAUGCUGCAGCAACCAGAACGGCCCAUGUCCUGGGAAGGAGAACUCUCCGACCAAGAAAUGUCUUCCAAUACAAUAACUAAUCAAGACCAUGAAGAAACUUCAAUGGAAGGUGUUCAAGUGUGUAGUGCGAGUCCAGGGCCGACACUCGCGCCACCGGAACCUAAAUUCGCAAUAAAACUGGAACCAGAUUUCCGCUCAAGCCCAGGGCCUCCUUUAGGCCCUCCAAAUGAGGUGACCCUAUCGACUACCCAACAGCAACAUCAACAGCAACAGCACCAACAACAGCAGCAACAGCAACAACUGAAUAUCGACGGACUUGAACAAACUCAACAAAGUGAUUUACCACUUUUAGUUGGAAAGCUGCUGGGAGGAUACAACAACGCCACUCCGAAUCAUAGUCCAGUUCUUAACCCAAGGCACCACCUGACUAAACAUAGUCACACAAGAUCACAGGUUCCAUCCCCGGAUUCGGCGAUACAUUCGGCGUACAGUGUGUUCAGCUCUCCGACACAAAGCCCGCAUGCUGCUCGACACUCGGCACUUGGAGCCGGUAGUCCAGUUCCGUCUUCGUCACUGUCACUUUCGCGUCAUAGUUUUAACAAUUCCACGUCGUCGCUUUCCUUGUCUCUCUCGCAUUCGCUUUCGCGUAACAACUCUGAUGCAUCCAGUAGCUGCUACAGCUAUGGGUCUCUCAGCCCACCAACACAUUCACCUGUACAACAGCCAAGACACUCUCAUUCUCACACUUCACAUCCUCACCAUCAAGUAGCCGCUCAGGGCAGCCCCUUACACUUACCAAUAUCUCAUCACUAUUCAACGACAAAUUCGGAACUUUCCGAGGGGUUGAGCGAGGAUCAAGAAGACUGUAAGAUAGCACCGGCUGCGGCGGGCAUUUCGACCAGGCAACAACUGAUCAAUAGCCCAUGUCCCAUUUGUGGUGAUAAAAUCAGUGGUUUUCACUACGGCAUAUUUUCUUGCGAAUCGUGUAAAGGAUUCUUCAAGAGGACUGUCCAGAACAGAAAAAAUUAUGUCUGCCUUAGAGGGGCUGGCUGUUCGGUUACCGUGGCAACUCGUAAGAAGUGUCCUGCUUGUCGGUUCGAAAAAUGCCUUAAUAUGGGAAUGAAAUUGGAGGCGAUUAGGGAAGACAGAACUCGAGGUGGCAGAAGUACAUAUCAGUGCAGUUACACACUUCCAGCAAAUUUGGUGGGCUGUACUUCUGGCGGAUUACCUGGUGAUAAAAUGGCUGGUGGAACAUGCAGUCCCGCUCCUCCUGGAUACGAGCAUCAUCAUUCAGCAAGACAUCACUCAAACCAUUCUCACAAGCAACACGUUGUGCCGCAACUAUUGCAAGAAAUAAUGGACGUAGAACACUUGUGGCAUUAUAAUGACAAUGAUAGAACGACAAGUGCGCAAAGUAGUAGCAGCAGUAGCAAGUCGGAACAGCCCAGGCCGAGCUCCGCUGGGCCACAAAACACCGAUCAUGAUCAACAACACCCACCUAGCAAUGCAAACACGAAUGCGAAUUCUUCGCAGCAUCCAGAUUUCUUGUCAAACCUGUGCAAUAUUGCUGAUCAUCGGCUUUAUAAAAUUGUUAAGUGGUGCAAAAGCCUGCCCCUGUUCAAAAACAUUUCAAUUGAUGAUCAAAUUUGCCUUCUGAUCAAUUCGUGGUGUGAGUUAUUAUUAUUUUCAUGCUGCUUUAGAAGCGUGAAUACUCCGGGAGAGAUUCGAGUCUCGCUGGGAAAGUCAAUUACACUUGAACAGGCCAGACAACUAGGUCUGGCUAGCUGCAUCGAAAGAAUGCUUGCUUUCACCAACAACCUUAGGCGAUUGAGAGUGGACCAAUAUGAGUACGUCGCAAUGAAGGUAAUUGUGCUACUAACUUCUGACACAAGCGAGUUGAAGGAGCCUGAAAAAGUUAGAGCAUCACAAGAAAAAGCAUUGCAGGCGUUACAACAAUAUACAAUCGCCAUGUAUCCAGAAAUGCCAGCCAAGUUUGGUGAACUUCUUCUCAGGAUCCCAGACUUGCAGCGAACAUGUCAAGCAGGAAAGGAACUGCUCAGUGCAAAACGGGCUGAAGGAGAGGGCAGUUCAUUCAAUUUAUUGAUGGAACUGCUUCGCGGGGACCACUGAGUACUAACCAUCACCACAGAUUCCAUGCUUAUACGGAGUGUUUAUAAGCAGAUAGAAUCGGGUGUGGUAUGUAAGGACAUUUUUUUAAAGACAAGAGAAAUGACUGUAACAAGUAGUCUGUAAUAAUGUUAGCUCUUGGUGAGGGGGAUUAUUAGGUUGUUAGAGGACUUAGAUAAUAAUAAUAUAUUUUUUACUGAAAUGCUUCCAUACAGGGCCUGUAUUCCUGCCUUUAAAGUUUAAGUACAGGAGUUUAAGACGGCCUAUAGUAUGUCCGUAUCGUCCAGUGUGCAUUCAAGUGAGAGUCCGAGUGCGAGUGAUAAUAUUUGGUCGUGUGAAUGAUGGAAGAGAGCAAAUAUGUUUCCAGUGUAAUCUUAGAGUUACACUAUAAUUAUGAAACACCAGUAUUUCGUACAUAAUUGCGAUUACUUAAAAACAAAGCAUAAUGUCUUUUAUGUCCCGGUAAAAAUGUACUUAAAAUCUAUUAUCUGUAAGGCUUAAUUAUUACUACCUUAUUUAGUUUUACUAUUUCAAGGUAUUUUUUACGAUACUUUAUACAUAAUUACAUAAUUAAAUAUUAUAUAUAUUAAUAUAUAUAUAUAUAUACAUAUAUAGGUAUAUAUAUAUGUUAAACAAAAAAAAGUAUAUAUUAUAUAUUAUAGCCUUACCCGGUUUUGAUCUGACAAUUCAGCUUCAGCUGAUUCUUGUUCAUUCGCAGAGUUCCAUCCAUUAUAAAAAAGGUAUAAUACCAAGAAAAAGAAAUUUUUAAUGUUUCUUAGCAUAUAUCGUGCCAAGUAACUAUCGUUAGCAAAAGUCGCACAGCCAUUGUGGUUUUGAAAAAAUAUUCUUAAAAAUGAUAAGUAUAUUAUAUAUAUAUAAUAUAUAUAAUAUAUGUAUAUGUAUAAAACUAAAUCCAAUUGGUACGUUAUUUUUACUGUUUCAUACCACAUUUAUUUAUGAACUUUUAUAAACUCUUUUUGCAUAGUAAUUUUUCUUAGACUCGCGGUAACUCUUUAAGUCAUCAAUGCGAAAUAUCACAGAGGUUUAACUUCAGUAAUGAUAAUUAUUUCACUUUAAUGUUGUAGUAAUCCGAGUAACAUAACAAAACAAUUAUGAGUAAUUGAAUAUUCAGUUGUAAGUACUCGUAGGUACCUAAGUAAGUACACCCAAAGUAAGACUGCUGUAGGAUGGAACUGCUGAUUUGUCAGAUGAGGCAGAUAAAUAAAGAAAUUCAUAUUUUAUUCUAAUCGAAUGAAACAGUUACGUACUACUGGCAAUAUAAGGACCGUCAAGUUCCUUAAAUUAAAACAAAAGAGUAAAAUUAUUACAAAACCAGUAUUCAUGCAAAUGCGAAAUGAAUUGGUAUUAGAAUAUCAAAGGAAGUAUAGUUUAUAUAACAUGAAGUUAUAAAAGAAGAAAUGAGUGACAGAAAUAAUGUGUAUAUAGAAAGUGGUGUCAUGUUGAACAAGCAAAGGAAGUGCGCGCGUGAACAUGUUGUAGCCAUAAGAUAGUUUUUGCCUGUUGAAUUGUGUCUAUUCUAUAUUUAUAUUUGAUAAUAAUUAUUUCUACAUACUUCAUUACUACACAUAGUGCGGAUCGUUAUUUUAUUUUUUGUUUAAUUUUUUUUUAAUAAAGUUAAUAGUUAAAACUAUUUAUAAAUUCUUUUCAUGACGGAGGUGGCAAUAAACUCGAGCUAUAAACUGGUGUUUUGGGAAACAAUACUUGUUAUAUCGACACACGGUAAAUGAGUAUUAUUCAUUAAUCAAUUAAUUUUAUUCCAAGUGAAAAUGGCGGCUACAAGCAGCUAUUUAUUAAAGUUAUUGUACAACAAAAUAUGAUUAACAAACGGAGCUCCGAAUAGAUUCGUUUGCACUCAUAUUUAAGUUCGAUACCUGUAAAGACGUACAUAUUUGAAGAGAAAAUAGAUCCAUCGUUUAAAAAAUGUGUAUGAAAGAAUUGAAGGGUGAGGGGAGGGGGGGGAUAAUGCCAGUGAUGACAAUAUUAAGGCAAAAUUAUGUGAAAAUAAAUUGAUAUUCAAAGAGCUUAAAUACAACAGACUGUACUGACAAUUAUAUUAUAUCUUUACAAACUAAUAUAAACAUUAGAUACCAAUACGAAAUAAAAAUGGAGUAAAUGCUAUAAUGUUGAACAGACAAUAUUAUAGUAUAAUAUCAUAGAUACUCACGUAUAGUAUUCCUUGUCGAUAUCAAAAAUUGACAUUCUGGAAGAAAGAAAAACAACAAACUCCACAAAAAUAUUUAGAGCCACAUAAUGUAUGCGAUAAGAAUGAUGAAAUACAGAACCCAUAAAUGACCAUAAAAAUAUUCCAUUCUUAAAAUAAUACUAAUAACAAGACGAUUCUAGUAAAUAUAUAGAGUAGUUUUAUACUUACGAUACGAACAAUUAUUAAUGCAAAUAAAGCACGUUUUAAGAA